ACAAUCUCUGCCAUUUGAGACAAGCAUUUUGAAGGCAGAUCUUGCACCUCCUCGAUGUAUCGCGCCAUUUUGAAUUCCGCGCGAAAAGCCUGGAACCAACACGCGCUGCAAAGGUAYUUGGGUAAUAAUCAAUAUGGCGGACGGAGCAGAGUUUGAAGUGAAUCUGUGCAACAAGAAAUUUUGACAWUUAUGCUCAUGAAUUUUCUUCAUCAUCUUUUUCAAACCAAAGUAGACUGUAGCGUUGUAAGCUCAGAUGGAYACUCUCCUCAAAACCUCAUYAGUUCUCACUGGAGAGAGCGGAAUCAAGGAUUUAUGGCAGCUCACUUCAUCAAGCCGCCGGUCUUUSUACUCUUUCAAUUCGCGUUUCCAGUUCAARUCGAUUCUGUUGUUGUGAAGCCGAAAGUUGGCUCUCAGAUAUCCACUGGUAUUGAUUUAUUUGUUGCUGGAAUAACGCCUGAAAGAGGUGAGAGCAAUGUUACAACAAAGCCAAGAAAAUYAAAUAACAAAGACAAAAGUCUGCUGGCCCAUCAGCAACAACAACAAGGAGAGGCUUUUUCUUUAUAUAAACAACAUAAAAACUUCAAGAGACGAAAAGUUGAAUUAGAUUUAAGUUCAGGGAAUAAUGCAGCUGCGAAUGGCAUUCCAAAAGAUGAAAAAUCUCAAGAAAUUUCUAUCCAUAAUUAUUCUAUAACAGUCACUGCAAAUUCUUUCAGGAAUGAACAUCGSGAUCGGUUCUCAUUGGUCAGUCGUAUAAACGAAACAAGUGGAAAAACUUUAAGGGUGGUUAACAGAAUGUAUAAUCAUCGUGAUAAUAGCACGAGAAACGACAUCACUGAGUAUGAUUUCUUCCAUUCUCAUGCAUUAACUUAUGUGACACAUUUAGUUAUUUCAAUUCAUAGGAUGAAAGGUAGUUGUGUACCGUCGUUAGGGAAAUUGGAGAUAUGGGGCAAACCUUCGACAUCCUGUGGUAAAAAUAUUAWGGAUUAUGCUCUAGAAAUCCAGACGAAUAUCCAUCAAGAAAAUGCGACUGUAGUUGUAAAUCCAGUUAAAAGUGAAACUAAGCUCAUUGCAAAAGAAAUAGAAAUAAGAGAUCCAACUGAKAGUGAGAAAAUCCCUCCUGAUUUUAUUGACCCUAUUACUUGCAAGUUAAUGACAAUACCUAUGAUAUUGCCGUCAGGGUUAAACAUCGAUAUGACAACCCUGGAAAAGCAUACRCAGGCCGAAAGACAAUGGGGUCGCAAGCCAUCAGAUCCAUUCACUGGUGUUACAUUUACAAAUACCAUUAAACCUUUACCCAAUAGUGCACUGAAAGUCAGAAUUGAUAAAUUCAUUCUCAGUUCUGGAGUAGAUGUAAGUGGAUUUGGUAGGACUGUAGGAAGAUCUACAUGUAUAAAUGACAAAAGAGAUGCCAAAAUAGUUAACCCUGUAUCUUCAAGAGCUGAACAUAAUCAGACAUAUUUAAAAACAAGCUUAUUCAAAGAUAAAUUGAAGGCAAGGAAGGAUACAUGUACUUUGCAGGAUAGUSAUCACAGUUUUGGUAAAACUGAGGAAGAGGGAAAACAAAGUUCAAGAGAUUUAGUAACUCAGACACAUGAAGAAAGAAUAUCUAACAGCCUUGAUAGUGCAUUGAUGGAGACACUUCAGGGAGCAACUUUUAUAAGAAAGAAGCCCUCAACAAGUGCCAACUUAUUCUGUUCCUCUCUUGCUAGAAACAAUGAUAUGUCAAAUGUUCUUAACACAAGCCUUGAUCCUACAUCCAUUAGUAAAAUCAAAGAACCAAAGACUUGUAUCACUUGUAAAGUGGCUCUUGACUCUGCUUUUCAGUUGCCAUGCCAACAUCUAAUGUGUAGGAAGUGUUUGCUAGUCAAAUGCAAUUCUACUAAGCAUGCUGUCUGUUCAAGCUGCCAACAACCAUUUCACCACAAGGAAAUUACAAGGGUACAUACAGUCUAAACAGUUGUGAAAUUACUGUGCUGUUGGUAAUGAUAAUAAAGUUGCUCGUCUUUGCA